GGACGCAGGCAUGUCUUCUGCUAGAUGAAAACAGAGAGAGAGGAACCAGGCGCCGCGCUGCUAUUAACACCUUUUACUCCCCAGCGGCUCUCUCACCAGGCUGAUGGGCGCACGGAGAACAACCCCAGCCAUGACCAGAGAACAAAUCCAGGCGUGAGGUGCAGGUAGAGAGUGGGGAACCUGCCCCACCAUACAUCAUGACUGCUGAUGACAAGUCUGAUGGCUCUGGCUCCUCUGAGGGCUCGGCGUCCAGCCAGGGAACCAUCGAGAAGAUUUGUGCCAAGGAGAACAAUGUGCGGGCCAGGGUGGGCCUAUACAUGAAGGAUGGGGAGAGGCUGCGAGCUGACUUCCACUCCCUCUACAGAGCCUUGCCAGAUCUCAGAAAGAAGAAAGAUCGCAGAAAACUCAGACGGAAGACAAAAUCUAACAAACAUCACAAGGACAAAAAGAAGAAGGGGGAUGUGGCUGCUGGGAACAAUGCAUGCAACACCCUCAUGCCAGUGCUGGAGCUGCCAGGCAACCCUUCUUCCUUCGCUGUGUAUGCCCAUGUGCGGGGCUUGGUGCUGGAGAACUCUGCCCGCCAGGCCCAGGGAGUGUACCUGGCCACCACGCAGCCCCUGCCCUCGGACUCCGACACUGAUGACGACCAGGAGCGAGGCAGGGAGUCAUCUGUUCCCAUCCCUAAGAUGGUGGGUCUGGGCCUGGUGAGUGUGUAUGAGCUCAUCAGAGGCUCAGUUUCCGCCUACCCAGCCCUGUGCAUCCGAGCCCUCGAGGCUCUGUUAGACAUCCUGCAGGGGCAGCAGCCUGAUGCCCUGCGCAACGAGCCUCAGGAGGUCAUAGACACUUUAUUCAACCUGCUGCUGCGGCUGGCCACAGCAAGCAACGGGGAUGUGCUCACCUGCCCAUCCUCCCCUCUGGUGGGCGUGGCCUGUGCAUGCCUCCUCUCCCUGGUGGUGGCACGUGGAGAAACUGGCAAGUUCCUCAGGGCCACUGCGGACAUUCUCAUGACCUCCCGCCAGCUGGCCAGUCAGAGCAUCCAGCAGGUGCCGGUGAUCCUGACGUACCUGCAGCGCAGCGUCCACGCCGUUCUGCUGGGCAAGACGUCACGGCCAGACUGGCUGCUGUGCGGCGUUCCCAAGGCAGCGCUCAUUGACAGGUUCACCGUUAAGAUCAUGACAGACGGUGAGGAGUCCAAGGAAGACAGCACCAUGACCUGUGAUGGACACUACCUCUUUGUACACAAUGCCCACGGCCUCUUCAAGAUUGGUUCAGGCUUUGGGGGCACCAUGAAGGGCCACGUCUACAUCCACAGGCCAGACUUCUACCCCAGGCAAAGAGGCUGGCUGGGAUUUGCUCAUGGAGACGUGUUCUACCGUCCUGAGGGAAGUAGUGGGGAGUUGGUGGUGAUUGACCGAGAGGUGCUCAAGGUGGCUGAGGUGUACCAGUGCUCGGCUCCCGGCUGGUCCCGAGGUCUCCCUUUCAGUGACGGCAUCAACAUAGGCCACAUCUCCCCAGACAGAGAGGAUGGCUUCGUGGUGAGGACAUACAACCCGCUGGUGAAGCCAAUGCCUCUGGUCAAUGAGCUCAACCUGAGUCUUGCCAUCAGGUGCAUCCAGACACUUGGGGGCUCUGAGCCACCAGCCUCUCUGUCAACAGGCCUUGAUGAGGACAUUCUGACUGUGGCAUCUGGCAAGGAUUUCACCCUCAUCAGAACAGUGGGUGGGAAGAUAUACUUCAGUGGCAAGGCAUCAUCAGUGGGCAUGAAGCAGGGCAGUGGCAGUGCAGCAGCUGGCAGCAGUGGCAGUGGAGGAGCAGGAGCAGCAGCAGCAGCAGCAGCAGUGGCAGCAGCAGCAGGAGGUGGUGGAGGUGCCAACAUUGGUGCAGGUCCCAGUGGCAGCGUUCCAGGAACCAGUGGUGGGACAGGAGUGAGUGGAGGCAAGGGUGGCGGAGCAGCUGUUGCAGGUCCCAGUGGCAGCAGCAGUGGUCCAGGGGGACGGUGGCCUGAGCUGACCAUUACCAAAUCACCACGUGUCAUUCAACUGUCUGUCGGCCACGAGGGACAACAUGCUGUUCUGGUGUCUGAUGAGGGCGCCGCUUUCUUUGUGGGCACUGCACGGCGAGGGGAGGAUGGAGAUGCUAGUAAGGGGCGGCGGCAACCCAAGCCCGUCAAGCCCAAGAAGAUGAUCAAGAUGGAUGGCCAGUUUGUGGUGAGCAGCGGCUGCAACAACGGCACCUCAGCACUGGUCACUCGGGACGGCGAGCUCUACAUGUUUGGCAAAGACACCUCCCACUGUGAUGCCACUACUGGGUUGGUGACAGACCUGCGGGACGUGCAUGUGAGUGGCGUGGCGCUGGGCAAGGCACAUGCCCUGGCCCUCACUAACAAGGGUCAUGUGUUCAGCUUUGGUAUCAACAACAAGGGGCAGUGUGGCCGGGACUUCACCCCACAGACCAAGGAAGGAACUGGCAUGUCUAUGUCGGUCGGGCCUGCAGGGGAGGAGGAGCUGGAGGACGAGGAGGGAGCGGAGAGCGAGGAGGGCGGGGAGGGCGGCAUGUGUCCCCCUGGCCGCCACCGCUGGGUCCGGGAGCACUGCCUGGUGUGUACCGUGUGCCAUGAGUGUACUGGAUAUGGUGCUGCCUGUGUCUCCAGUGGACGGCCCAACAGGAACUCUGGCCAGCCAUGUGGUUGUGGGUCAGGGGACUCCGGGUGUGCCGUGUGUGGGUGCUGCCGAACGUGUGCUGACGAAGUGGAGGCUGAUAAUGACCAGGACCCCUUCUCACUCAUGCAGGAGCAGCACUCUGGCCUCUUCUGUUUCCAUGAGGGGGCCAACCUUGGAGGGAACAUCUUUGGGCGAGCAUGUGGGCGCCUCCAGGACCAGCUGCAGAGGAGGCUUGAUGAGCGAAGGCACCGCCCUCGCCACAGGCACUCCAGAUAUGCCCCCAUGCCAUUCAGGAAAGGCCAUAAUGGUCACACAGGUAACCUGGGCCAAUUUGAAGCCCGGCUGCUUCGCCUGCUGGCUCCGUCCUCUAACCUGGCAAGUGACGACGGGGCUGUGGCCGGCUCCAGUAGUCCUCUCCCCACUCCCGCCAGUCCUGACCCUGCAGCCCUUGCUGCUGCCGCUGCCCUUGAUCCUCUUGCUACCAGUAACAUCCUAGCUGCAGAAGAUGGUCUGGGGAGUGACCAGGAGAGGGAUGCCAGCAAGAUUUCUUCCUUGUCCCCUGCAAGAGUGCAUCUUCCAGGAUCCACAGCUGUAGUACAAGUUGCUUGUGGGCUCCACCACUCAGUGGUGGUGUGUGCCAAUGGGGAGACGUACACCUGGGGCAGCAACAGCUAUGGACAGCUGGGUGUUGGAGACCUGCUGUCCCGCGGCGCCCCAGCCAUGACCCGUCUACCCCCUAGUGUGAGGAUUGUCCAGGUGGCUGCCGGCAGCAACCAUACAAUCUUCCUCACCGCCAAUGGUCAGAUCUACAGCUGUGGGGACUUCCAGAAGGGUCAGCUAGGUCGAGUGGCGCCUCAGAGUGAUGCAGGGGAGGGCAGCAGCAGAGGACGGUGUCCUUGGUACUCAGUGCCAGGUCUGGUGCCAGGGGUGGGGCCCAGGCUGGGGCGCAGGGCCACCUGGGUCGGUGCCUCAGCUGACGUGACGUACAUCAAGCUGGACCAGUCACUGAUCAACACCCACAACCUGAGUGCCUCGGCAGUGGUGGCUAACAGCAGCUGUCUGGUGCUGCUACCGGUGGGAGGCAAGAGGGAUGAGGAGGAGAGCUGGCGGUGUCUUGUAAUUAGUCGCAGUGAUGGCCAGUGCCGGAGCUUCUCCACACCAGACCAGAUCUGCUUCUCAGGCCACACUGUGUGUCUGGACCCAGUCUACAAUGUGCUGUGGAGUUACAACAACCAGUGCCAGGAGGUGCACUGCUACAACAUUAUUGCAGCAGAGGCCCAGCGCAUGAUUAACGGGGUACCACCAGAUGGCCUCAGGGACCUGCUCUCCCCUGAGCUCUCUCUGCCCAUCCUACCUGAGUACCAGGUGUCCAGGGCUCAGGUGGCCCUCCACAUGCUGUCCUGCAUCGACACAGUAACCUGGGCACAUGAGUAUGGCCUCACAGUGGUGGAGAACGACCCACAGACAGUGGCCACCGUGCGAGUCUACACCAGGGAGGACUUCACCCCUGUUAACCGCUUUGAAAGUCACGGUGGUGGGUGGGGCUACUCAGGAUACUCCAUAGAGGCUGUGAGGUUCAUGUGUGACACUGACGUCCUCAUUGGUGGAUUUGGCCUGUUUGGUGGCCGAGGGGAAUACAUGGGCAAGAUCAAGUUAUUUGAGCUGGGAGCAGAAGGAGGAGACCAGGAGACAGACGGGGAGCUGCUGGCGGAGACGGAGGAGAUGCCGUAUGAGUGUGGUGUCCGGCAGAAGUUCCCAAUGCUGUUUGAUGACCCCAUACCAGUGCAGGCCAACAAGUGGUAUGUGGCAUGGGCGAGGGUGAGCGGUCCCAGCAGUGACUGUGGCUCCUCUGGACAGAGCAUGGUCACCACAGAGGAACAGGUAAUUUUCUACUUCAAAUCAUCCAAGAAAUCCAACAAUGGUACAGAUGUCAAUGCAGGGCAGAUCCCCCAGCUGCUGUACCGCAUCAAUACCCAUGAGGGGUCAGCGCCACCCAAGCAGUUACACGACAGCACUGAGCCUGUUCCCAUUCUCUCCAAGUCCUUCUACAUGACUGUGCGCAAUGAUGUGUUUCAGUCAUUGCUUGACCUUCUUGGCUGGGCAUGGACCACCCUCAGGACCUGUGUUGGGGAGCACGUGAGUCACGUCACCAGUGGAGGGUCAAGUCCCACAGUGGCCAUGCUGGACCUGCAGCGACUGGUAUACAUCUGCUGUGCCUGCCUGCGCCUCCUGAGGAUCUACAUCAAUGAGGUCUAUCCAAACUCAGUUCGAACACUUCGUAACAACGGGGAGAAGGGCUGCCUGGCUGAGAGUGUGGCUGACGUGAGGGGACUCCUGCGACAGAUGCUUUCUGACCCCAUUCCCUCACUCUACUCCAGGAAGGGCAAGAUGCGUAAUGGUAAAGACUUUGGGCCGCUGAGCAGAAUGGUGGUGGUGGUGUUGGACGAGUGCCAUAAGACUUUCGUGUCAUGCUUCCAUGCCUUCUACCCCACUGGCCAGCUCAAGUGGUCCUGCCUGUGUGACCUGCUGCUCUCCCGGGACAUCAUUACUAAGGAGGAAACAAGGGACAACGACCGGCUGCUGAGUGCUGUGCUGGCCUCACUGUGCUCCCCAACUGUCAAGCUACGUGCCACCUGCCCCAUCCUGACUGAUCCUGAUGCAGAGGUGACCCACCGGCCGUCCCCAGCAGACAAUGCCGCGCUGUCCACCCUGCAACCUGGUGACCUGUACCGCUACCCCCUGCUGGUGGAGCACAUGACCUACAAGACACACCACACAGAAAAUGGUGCAGGAGUGGUGUGGACGUUCCGGGAGGUGCUAGACCGGCUGCUGGGCGUAGUGUGUGGCAGUGUGCGUCAGGCACUGCGUGGGGAGCGGGUUGUCCCCCUGCCGGGCCUCGUCCACAACACCUGCCUCCUCCUGGCUGCCACCGUGGCUGAGCUCUCCGCCGAGACCAAUGCUGCUGAGGAUGAGCUGCCAGCAGGGGGCCGAGUGCUGCACAUCACCCCACCCAGAUUCACCCGCACCUCCCAGAGUCGCACCUGGAACACAGGCAAUGGCUCUCCAGAUGCCAUCUGCUUCUCAGUGGACCGGCCGGGCAUUGUGGUGGCUGGUGUGUGUGUGUUUGGCGGCGUGGGCACCUACGACUAUGAGGUGGAGAUCCUGGAUGAGAGUGGUGGUGGUGGCAGCGGCGGUGGUGGUGGUGUUGGUGGUGGGCAGGAUCCCUCACACACUCUGGAACGCUGGAAUGUUAUUGAGAUGGCACGGGGAACCUUUGGGCCAGAUGAUUCUAUAGCGGACAUUGUGGAGAUCAAGUUUGAGCGCCCUGUGACCAUCAAGGAAGGAGUGAAGUAUGCCAUCCGCCUGUGCAACCAUGGUGGCCGCACCAGCAAUGGGGACGGUGGGGUGCCUUCUGUCAAGGGUCCUGAUGGCACGACCUUCACCUUCUCUGCCUGCAGCCUCUCAGUCAACGGCACCAACCACAUCCGAGGCCAGAUACCUCACAUCAUGUACUACAGCAUGCCCCAGGACCCAGAGAGCCAGCGCAGCACCAGAGAGAUUGCAGAACAGCAGGCGCGGAAGUCAGCCCUCACCAUGGCCGGCAGCAUUGUGCGGGUGGCCACAGAGCUCAUGAUCAUGGGCCUUGGGGUGGGGGAUGAGUCUGCCAUUGAGGUCCUCGGCACAGCUCCCCUCAUCACUAUGCUGCUUCCUCUCGUGCUGUCACACAUUGGCCCUGUUGCUACCUCAGAUCCCAGGAGUGCUGUGUCAGUGUUAGGUCUGAUCCAGGAGAUCCUCCCACAUGUGGCUGCUCUCAACAACCUCAGUCUAGUCACCCAGCAGACAGCCAUCCCGGAGACCAUGGAGGACUGCCACACCACCACCAGCCACCACUAUGCCUGGGUGGAGAGUGAUCACCCAUACCGCCCCGCUGCUGUUGCCAAUUUCAGAGUGACCUUUCCAUCCAGUGUUCAGUGGAUGACCCUGGAGUUUGACCCUCAGUGUGGCACAGCCCAGCCAGAGGACUCACUACAGAUCUACAUCCCAAGCCUGAGCAUGAAGGAAAUGAAUGGUCUGACACCUGGGGGAACAGGAGGAUCCUCAGAAGGGCAGGAGCGCACCCCCCAGAUCUCCCAGGGACAGGAGGGAGCCCCACCCCCUUAUUGGGCCGUGCUCAACAAGUUCUCCGGCACACAGAACUGGCCACAUCAGACCAUUGUCUUGCCAGGGCAUGAAGUUGUGUUUUCACUGGAGACAGCAUCAGACUAUGUGAAGGACGAGCGGGCCAACACAUACGGGUUCCGAGUGUUGCUGGUGGGGUAUGAGUGGCCACCAUCCCCUGCAGACUCCAUCCGCCACCUGGAGAAGGAACUGUCAUACCUUGGCGGCCUGUGUGCUGCCUCCCUCAUCAAGAAGGAUCUCUGCCUCCCUCCCAUUGCAGGUGAUGAUCUGGAUGAUGACCUUGAACUGGUGGAAGAGUUGGCCCUGCAGGUGUAUCGGGCUCACCCUACGUUGCUCUCCCGGGGGUUCGCUCUCUCACACCCACCAACCAUACAUCAGACACUGGAUGGGGUCAUUCCCUUCAGCUGUCACUCCAAUGAGCGACUGUUCUUGCGUGACUUUGUGUCCUGCGCGGGUGGCACCAGCGGCGGCCGGCUGGCUCGGUGGCUGCAGCCAGACUCCUAUGUAGACGUGCGGGCCUGUGAGGUGCUGUACAGCCGAGACGACAUGCGCGCUGGUUGGCCUGCCAUCGUCACCAUCAUCACCAGGGACCAGUACAAUGAGAUGGUCUACGUCCCCUCACUCAAGGUUGAAGUGGUGGCUGUGCCAGUGACCACAGGGGAGGAGGGCAACCAGGGCAAACCAAGGAGAGUCAGUCAGCACGUGCCUGACAACAUGACCUUUGGGGGUCACCCGCAGCCCUCCCUGGACGUCCCCUACCAGGUCUCCAUCAAGGACAAGAUGUGCUACUGUGCCAUCACCAUGAUCAAGGCAUACGAGAACUACUCCUUUGAAGAGCUGCGCUACAUGUCUCCUGCAAUGCGGAGACCCACAGAGAACAUGCUUGUGCGCAGCAACAACGAUGGCACCUACUCCUGCAACUGGACCCCUGGUGCCACAGGCUGGUACUCCCUGCACGUCACUAUCGACGGCUACCAGCUAGAGGAGACAUACAAGAUGGAGGUGAAGGAACCACCCCAGGGAGUGACGCCACCUGUCCAGAGCACCGUGCGCCGCUCCUCCCAGCAGCCAUCUCGCCUGCGCAAGUUUGUCCUGCAGAACAGUGCUGGCCUGCGCAUCCGCACCCACCCAUCCCUACAGAGCGAACAGAUCGGUACUGUGCAUGUCAAUGGCACCAUCGCUUUUGUGGAUGAGGUGCACAACAGUGAUGGGGUGUGGUUGCGUCUCAGCCCAGAGAGCAUGCGGCAGUACUGCAUCGCAGCACACUCAGAGGCAUGGUGUCUGCAGUACAACCAGCACCUGGGCAAGACUCUCUUGGUGCCCCUUGACCACCCCAAGACUAUCCUCGACCAGGUAGUAAUCACAGACACCAUCACUCGGCGCCGCAGUGGCAACACACGUCGGGAGACGGCCAUGCCUGGGGCAGAGGGGGCGGAGGGGGCCAGUGGUGGGGCAGGCAUGUACACAGUGGUGAAGUGUGGGGCCUCAGGGCACAACAUCCGCAGCCAACCCAGCCUCAAGGCACCACCUGUGGGAAUGCUGGUGCUGGGGAACAUCAUCACUGCAGACUCUGAUAUUAAGAACAUUGAUGGCACUUGGGUUCGGCUGGACUCAGAGAGCACCCGGAAGUAUUGUUUCACUGAUGGAGAGGCAUGGUCCUUGGCUGUGUCCCGCGGCCACACCCUCUACCUGCAGCGCUCACACUCCCACAGCCAUCCCUACAUGUCCACUUCAUCAGACCAAAACAGCUUCAGUGGUCACCAGGGCUUUGAUUUCACACAAGCCCAGACCAGCCCAGUGUUCCGGCCAUUCCAGCAACCUGCAGGCGGAGGUGACCCAUUUGUGUUUGGUGCCAUAACUCGUGGCCAGGGUGACGGCAGCAGCAGCACAGGAGGCCAGGCUGUGGGCAGAGGUGGAGACAACCCCCACAAGGCCCCACAGCACCAGAUGGUCGACACAAACACCAUGACAAAUGAACAAGACGCUGCUGGAACCAUCACAACUGCCACCAACACCACCUCCACCUUGCCCAUUCCUACCACUGCCACCACCACCAUCACCACCACCACCACUACCACUGGCACCAAGCAGCAGCAGCACCGUGGGAAAUUCUCUGUUUUGCAUCGGUGGCUCAAGGAGGAACAGCACAAGGGUGCACCAUCUUCACUACUCACUCCGCAUGGCCAACAGCAUCACCAGCAGCAGCAGCAGCAGCAGCAGCAGCAGCAGCAGCAGCAGCAGCAGAUGGGUCAGCAGCAGCAACAGCAGGUGGGACAGCAGCACUCUUACCAUCAGUCACAACCACAACAACAGCAGCAGCAGCAGCAGCAGCCACAGCAGCAGCAGCAGGGCAUCCAGCAAGGGACCCAAUCACAGCCACAACAGAUUGGUGAGAGAAAACAUGACAAGAAGCCACAGCAGACACAGCAACUCACUGUGAGCAGUGGUGUGGCCCAGUGCAGCAUGUCGCGGGACGUGCCCCCAGAGCUGCAGGGUGUGUCAGUCAAGGAUCUAGUCAAGGCCAUUGGGGAAUCACGAGCCAAUGGUAAUGGAGCCACGCCACCCCGCACACCCCCAGCCACACCCAAGCGGCUGUCACGCUCCUCCAGUCCCCGGGCAGUGGGUGUCGGGGCAUCAGGUAGCAGCACCAUCAUCUCUGGUUCUGGGACAUCUCCAAGACAGAUCUCCCGCUCUUCGAGUCCUGUCCCCAUCCCUGGUCGUGGGAGGGAGAGUGCCAGCAGCUCUCCACUCCACAGUUCACCACGAGCCACAGGGGUGUCACCACUGGUGUCGGGAAUGGGUGCACUGGGGGAGAGGGCAGCCAGCAGUCCACCCUCUGCAAUACGCAGCGCUAAUGACUCCCUCAGCGACACCAGCGUCUUUGUGUCUAGCCUCGCCCAGGAUAUGUCCCACUCACCCAGUGUCUCCUCCCUGCCCACUUCUACCCCCAGCACACCCAGAAGGGAGCCAUUCAGCAGCACAUCCAAGACGGUGACACAGACAGCCACACAGACCAGCCCCGAAGGAGUCAAGUUCAACAUCGGCUCCACUGGCUCCAGGGAUGAGAACCUGCGCCUGUCACCAAAGAUGACCCGCAAGGACCGAUCAGGGAAGCCUCACCGCGGCAAGCGGGAGCACGUGGUGUCCCCAGCAUCUACACAACGGGAUAAGCCAGGGUCCAGCCGGGACAAGGUAAAGGAGGCCAUGAGUCCCUCCGUGGCCGAGUGCCUGCGUGCCAUCUUUGCCGCCUUCCUGUGGCAUGAGGGCAUCGUUCACGAUGCCAUGGCCUGUGCCUCAUAUAUCAAGUUCCAUCCAGACCUGACCAAACAAGGCACCUUCCACUGGAAGUCCCCUUCCACCACUGCCAAGUCUGAAAAGCUGACCAAGGAACAGAAGGCACGACAGCGGCACUCAGUGGAGGUGAGCACCUACAGCUACCUCAACAACGUCACCCUGCAGAACACGGAUGACUUGCUGAAGCCUGGCACCAAUGCCAACAUCAACGAGGUGACGCACCUCACCGAGAGUGGCGGGGAGGAUGCAGCAAGCCGAGCCUCCACCAGCUACACCCAGGGACCCCAUGGUCAGAAACUGGCCACAGUGAUGGAAGGUGGCCCUGGCACCGACCCCCCAGACCUGCCACCCGUGUUGCGCCAUGUGGUGCUGCUGUGGGAGGAACUCACCACCAGUUGCCUCAAGGCCGUGGCACAGCAGAUCAUCCUGCCAUCGCCCACCAUCCCCGCCCGCCUCAAGAAGGCCGACAAGCUGAAGGACAAAAGUGACCGCGAGAAGAAGAAGCACAAGAAAAAAUCUUCCUCCAGCAGCAGCAUACCCAUGUUUGGUGCUGAGGCGGCAGCAGCAGCAGUGGCUGGAGAAGAGGAGGAUGGUGUGUGUGAGCUGUGUGGUUGUAAUGUUCCUUCAGAGAAUUCUGAACAGCAUUUUCGGACAGUGCACCCAGGGUGUGGUGCCUCCUCCAAGGGGUGUGGCUAUGUGGGCACACGCUGGAAAGUGUUCCCCACCAAAGACAGAGUGUCCCAGCCAUGUGGUGAGGCAGUGCGUGGCUGUUUCCACAUGUGUUGGAGCUGCCGCAACAGACACAAGGGGCAGUUUAGUCAUUUUGCUGGCAAUAAAUCUAGCAAUGGCAAGGGAAAGAGAAAGUCCAACAGCAAGCUUCUCUCACCUCUGCCUCAGCUGGAUGCACAUGUAAUAAUGAGAAACAAUGCCAUGUUUUUGUUAGACCUAGCAAGUGCAGCAUCCCCAGCACUGCUGUCCCGCACCAACCUGAUGAGGCGGUCACCCUGUGUCAUGCCUUGUGUCUCAGAGCUCAGCCCUGACAACAGCCCCUUCCCCAAGGUUGCAUUCCAGUGCCUGCACACCCUCAAUUGUCAGCAGCAGCACCUCAACCAGCUGCGAGAAGACCUGCUGCUGCACCACACCUUCCAUGCCAGUGACAACGCGGACUACAGGAGCAGCUCCGGGGAGUCUCGGGACAACAACCACCGGGAACACUCUCCGUUCUCUCCCCCAGAAGCCUCACACCAGGAGUCACCAGCGUCAGACAGUGAGGUGCCCCGUGGCCGGCCGUUCCAUCGCUCCAUAUCAGUUAAUGUGGGCACCUCUGGCCAGGACUGGACUUCAGCCGCUGCCUCAGCCUCAGCCUCCCACCACGAGCAGGACCAGAAGGCUGUUGUCAUAUUGAGGAAACGGAACAACAGUAGUGGUGAGAAUGCAGGUGCGAAGCCAGUUAGGAAAGACAAGGGUAGACUAGUGGAAUACCUGUCUUUUAGGCCAACGUGUUCUUUUCAUGCAGAUGGAGGAAGCUCACUAUUGGUCCAUCCCUCGGCUGCCCUUGAGCGCCUGGCCACCUCCAUUGAGCGCGGUGGUGGCCCUGGUGGUGACCCAGGAGGGCGAGCACGCCAGGUCAUCAUCCGACCCAUCAUGGCCUUCAUCUUCCAGAACCAUGACCUGGAGACGCUGGCCUUUGCAAUGAGACACGCAACUCGCAAAGCAGCGGCGCGUGUGUAUGCAAUGCAGGCAUUGAACUGGCUACUGCGUAGUGUGACACAGCCUACCUGCCUGCAUGACCUGCUGUGGUGCUUUGUGGCAGCACUCACCCCUGCCAGCCCCCACCAUGGAAUCCCUGCAGCACCUCAGGAAGAUCCUCAGCUCCAGGACCAGCAGCAUGUCCACCACCAAAGGGAGAAGGCGCAUGACAUGCAGCAGGAGGGAGAGAUGGUGGUGCUGGAACACCCUCUGAGUGAUGUCACACUGGCAGGCGAUGCUGUCCACCCACUGCCCCAAAUCUUCCACCAGCUGUUGCAGACAGUGGCCGACCUCAUGAUGCUGCUGCCACCUGGAUCACCCCUCCAGAUGAUGGCUGUCAGGUGCUGGGGUCUGCGCUUCACUCCCUCUGACCACGACUUCCUGCACCAGAGUCACGUCUUCUCCAACAUCUCUAAGAUCCUGUCCCGGUCCGAGGAGGUGCUGGGGGCCGGGGAGGAAGGGGUGGCCUCCAUGUAUGAGAGUCAUGGCCCGCAGACACCCUCCCACCCCCCCUGCCCUGACCGCCUCCGCUGGUCCGCCGCGCAGGUGACUAGCACGGUGGAGAGCCUGCGGGACCUGAUGGGCGAGUGUGAGGUGCGGGCGUCCAGUAGGCAGGCCAUGGUGCCCUCCCUCACAGACUCCUCCACUGAGACCUUCUGGGAGUCGGGAGAUGAAGACCGCAACAAGACCAAGACCCUCACCAUCACCUGCCCUGCCUCCAUCCAUCCCCAGACCAUCUACAUCCACAUUGACAACUGCAGGGACCUUGGGAACAAGGUGUCCAGUGUGGUGUUUAAGUGUGGCAGUGGUGGGGAGGACAUGGGUGUUGCCAGGAAGGUGGAUCUGGAGAGCAGGUUUACUGGCUGGCUGCAUGCUGUCCUACUGGGGGAGGCUGUCACCAACAUGGUGGUGGAGCUGCGUGGGCCGGACCAGAGUGUGCGAGUGCGGCAGGUGCGAGUGCUGGGCAGCGGCGAGGGUGAGGGAGGCGGAGUGCGACCCUUACGCCAGCACUCACCACUCACCAUCCAGCACCGUGCCUGUGAGCAGGAAACCCUCAAAGUGUUCCGUCUCAUCACUGGACAGGUGUUUGGGCGCCUCAUCAGGACAGCGGAAGGAGCCAGCCAGGGAGUGGAGGGACGGGAGGUGUGUGCAGGACCCAUGGCGGCAGCAGAACACCAGGAGCGCAACAAUGACUUGAGGGAACACAUGGUUGGCAUCCUCUUCUCAAGGUCAAAGCUCACACAUCUUCAGAAGCAGGUGUGCUCCCACAUUGUGCAGGCCAUCCGGAAGGAGACAGUGCGUGCUCGGGAGGAGUGGGAGUCAAGCUUGAGCUGUGAGACACUGGGCACACCAGGCACCCCUGAGGAGGGCCAGCACAGCGCCCCAGACACCUACUGCUUUGAGAUGCUGUCCAUGGUGCUGGCCCUGAGUGGCUCGGCUGUGGGACGUGCUCACCUGGCCCAGCAGGACCACCUCCUCCGUCACCUGCUGUCCCUCCUGCACACUGGCUCAGCAAGAGUGCAGCGGCAGGUCGUGGCACUCUUCCGGCGCAUGUUAGCAGACGUGCCACCCCAGUCACUGGCACUGAUUCUUGGGGUGGAGGUGUUGCCGGCACAUGACUAUGCCAGCCUCCACACAGCCUCUCAGGACCAGGACACAGCCUUUGACCCACAAAAGCAGGGAAUUCUUGAUGUAUUCCUGGCAGUGAUUGCCAAGGCUCUCACAGUGCAGCUCAAGACCAAGGGCAGUGAUGGGGGGAAGAUAACAGUGGCCCAGGGCAAGGGUGGUGUGACCUCAGUGACCCUGGCCACUGCCAUGCCCACGCCCGCUGCCAACUCCCCACGCUGGUGGCUGAGGGGACACACCACACAGAAGCAGGCUGAUCUCAUCAUUAACCUCAUAAGGGACAUGUCCAUGGGCAAGCUUUCUGAUACCUGGGCCAAGGUCAGCAAGGCAGCCAUCGCAGAAAAUAUCAUCAAUUUAACCCGACUGCACGAGAGUGACAGGUCCUGCGCUGCGACCUGCCUGGCCACACCAACCCUGUGGCUGGCGCUGGCCUCGCUGUGUGUGCUGCACCCCGACCACGUGGAUGCCCUCUCUUCACAACACUGGCAGGCCACUACCUCCUCUGGGGACCCCCACAACCCUGAGCCCCGGCCAACCUGCGAGAACCACGAUGAUGGGGAGACACUGGCCAUGAUCCUGUGUGAGGAGUGCAGCAGCAACCUGUGUGGCGAGUGUGACCGCAUCCUGCACCUGCAUCGCCGUACCAGACACCACCACCGCACCGUCUUCCGCCAAGAGCAGGAGGCCAUCAAGGUGGACCUUCAUGAGGGUUGUGGCCGCACCAAGCUGUUCUGGCUCCUAGCCCUGGCUGACUCCACCACCUUGAAGGCCAUGCUAGAGCUGAGAGGAGAGAGCCAGCGCACCCGAGGCUCAAUAGCAGCCACCACCUGCAGGUUCUGUGGUGCACCGGCCCAGCCCUCCCUUCUGUCGCCUGCACCUGUGUGUCAGGACUCAGACUGUCAAGAGUACAGUCGAGAGGCAUGUGUGAGAACCCAUGACUGUGGCCACUUGUGUGGAGGCCUGAAGGGAGAGAACACCUGCCUACCCUGCCUGCACGGCUGCUCCAACAACCCAUCCCUCAAGCAGGACGCAGACGACAUGUGCAUGAUCUGCUUCUCAGAGGCACUCUCUGCUGCCCCAGCUAUUCAGCUGGAGUGCGGCCAUGUUUUCCAUGCCCACUGUUGUCGCAAUGUGCUCACAAGACGCUGGCCGGGACCUCGCAUCACUUUCACCUUCUCCCUGUGCCCGAUAUGCAAGGUUGCCAUGAGCCAUGAUGUGUUAGGGGAGCUGCUCAGUCCAAUCCUGGCACUGUAUGAGGACGUGCGGCGCAAGGCUCUCAUGCGGCUGGAGUACGAGGGUCUGCACCGCGCUGAGGCGAUAUCCACCCCCGGCGCACGCUACCACAACAACCCAGCAGCCUUCGCCAUGGACCGCUAUGCCUACUACGUCUGCUUCAAGUGCAAUAAGGCAUACUAUGGUGGAGAGGCACGCUGCGAUGCAGAGGCCGGGCUGGGAGACGAGUAUGACCCAAGGGAGCUGGUAUGUGGCGCUUGCUCUGACGUUUCCCGUGCUCAGAUGUGUCCCAAGCACGGCACUGACUUCCUAGAGUAUAAGUGUCGCUACUGCUGCUCUGUGGCUGUCUUCUUCUGCUUCGGCACCACACACUUCUGUAAUGCUUGCCACGACGACUUCCAGCGAGUCACCAACAUACCCAAGGCUGAGCUGCCCCGCUGCCCUGCUGGUCCUCGUGCCCAGCAGCUGGAGGGGGAGGAGUGCCCUCUUCAUGUCCAGCAUCCACCCACAGGGGAGGAGUUUGCCCUUGGAUGUGGAGUCUGCCGCAAUGCUCACACCUUCUGAAGGACUCACCUAUUCUUGUUGGUGUCAUCCUGCAGCACCAUGAGUCCUCCCUCAGCACCACCACUUGUUCUUCUCAUCCAGAUACAACUAAGAGAAAUGCACCAGAGGAAUGUGUGCAGGCCAGGCACAUCUGUGAGACACAUUCCUCUGCUGGCAACAAAGUGAGGAGUGACCCACAGUAUGUAGAAUGAUAGAAGUGGAGGCUGACCCUUUUAACUUCUGUCAGUCUUGCACCAUUACACUGCGGUGUGGUGACAAUGCUGAACCCUUGUAGUCUUUGAGUUUGCCAUUUCUCAGGAAUGAAUGAAAUAUAGAUAAUUAUAAUGCAGGUGCUGUUUGCUGUGUGUGAGCAUAUCUAUGUUUGUGUGUGUGUGUGUGUGUGUGUGUGUGUGUGUGUGUGUGAAUGUGUACAUUAGCACUUCAUCAGUCACUAAGCCAAUCAGCACCUGAGGCUCUGUAUCAUCAGAGAAAGUGGUGACCUUGGCCUACCAGCAUCCACUCAUUUCACCAUGCCAUAACUUUACUCCAUGUGACAUAUUCUUUCGUAUCCCCUUUCUGCUUGGUGUCUUCUUGGUAUUCCCUCACUACCUGGUGUCUUUAUUUACUUAGCUGUGCCCCUCAUCCUUACCUCAUCUGGUCCUGCAUUGCAUCCCCAGUCUUGCCCAGUGAACCAUUCCAGAUUCCUUGGCUCUCUGUCCCUCCCAUACCACCAGCCACUCUUCAUGCAUUCCUUAUGCUUGUUUUUUCUAUUACAAUCAUUAAAGACAUUCAUUACAUGUACUCAUAUUGUGACUGACUUGUUUGUGGUGUAGAGGUCACUGGUUAACAUUCUUGAUGGAAUAUGUUACUGUGUAUUAAACAGUUUUUAAAAACAUAAUCAAUGAAUAUAUAGUUUUUAUUAAGAAUUUAAGUCAUUAUGCUUAUAGUGUAAUUGGUAGAAACCCAUUUUGUUGUUAUUAUGAUGUAAAUAUUCAUUUUACUCUGCUGCUCAAGAAAAUAAGUGUAAAGACAUUUGCAUAUCGGAAGUAUUAUAAGUUAUCUCCUUUGGCUCCUUCAGCUCAGUUUGAUGUCAUGUUUUUUUUUAGUUUGUUGCAUCAGUAGUCAACUUUGUUGUAGGUUUUGUUGUAGAUUUAUCAUUUAGAGUUACACUUACAAAGUAUGAGUCACAUAUCCUAAGCCAGGUGAAGUGUUAGUAUCAGGCAUAAGGAGUCAUCCUGCUCCAGCAACCUCACUAAUGGUUUAAGUUUCUUCUCUCUUCCUCAAGGCAUUAGAAUGCAUAUUAUCAGCUCCUGCAGUGUAGAUGUGAAGUGAUGAACAGUCUCUACAGAAUACCUCAGUCAAGGAACACAGGCUUUGUGCUGCUUGUCUUUAGGAAUGCAGAGAUGUGUUGUUGAGCAGCCAACACUAGACACCCUCAGCAUUUAUUGUGUCCUGAACCACACUUAACAAGAUUCAAGUGCACAAAAUAACAAUUUACUGCAAGAAAUUUGGAAAUUUAAGAUACUAUUACCGGAGUGUGUAUUUCACUGAGUCUGCCAAGUGAUAUGAAGUCACUUCAGAUGUAAAAAAUUCUUGAAAUGUGUCCUGUUAAAAAUUAACAUGUAUCCACCUCCUCUCAUGACACUGCUGCACUACCUCCUCCCAUUCCAUCACAUAGCAUUCCUCCCACAGCUCCACUGUAGAGGUGGUGGAUGCUGAGGAGGGUCCAAGGAAACUAUUCUCUUGCAAAUGUCUCUGUUUGACCCUUCUGCCAUCCUCCUUUGCCUCCAGCUGGUAUUUCACACCUCUAGUAAGAAGCUUACUGUCCAGCCUAAUCUUAUGUGGCAGUUCUUGGGUGCAUGCAUGUCCUCUCUGGUCAGAGAUGCAGUCACCCAUUCUCUCGCUCUCUCUCUCUCUCUUCACCAUGAUUAGCUAAAUGCUUCUCUCUUAAAAUCUUUAGUCAGGACUUGUUUCUUCAAUAUGAAGCAGCUCAUCCCUCACUUUCCUCCUUGCAGUAAAAGACAACUGUUGUUUCCAAACAGGCUAUCUAGUUAAUGGAUUGUUUCUCCAAGUCAGUGUAUUUGUUGCGCUUGUAGUAAUCAUUGCAGCAUGUACCUUAUUAUUCUUGUAUUAUGUUUUAUUUUUAGUUUCUCCACUUCAGUGCUUUGGGCUUCUAUAACUACUUACUUGCAUGCAUCUGAUACCUGUUGAGAAAAUGCUUGCUUCUGUGGCAGUAUUCCUGCAUCCCCUCUCAUCCUUGCCCUGCCUCCCCUCAGUCAGGAGGUAAAGUGCUAAACACUUUAGUCCACUUCUUCCAGCAGUCUCAACUCAUCUUAUGACAAGAGAGAGGAUUUAGCUUCCUAAACAGAAACACUGGCCUUUGGAAAGGUGUGGAGUCAGGGGUGGUGCAAGCAAGGAACAUAAGUGAUUUUGAAACAAAGUUAGAUAAAACUCAGUAUGGAGGCGGGACAUUAUGAGCUUUGCUCUAAUCCUGUGUGCUACUACUAGAUAAAUGCAUCAUGCACUUUGGUUUGAGAAAGUGGAUCAGUGCAGUCUCUUAUCCUGAGCAUCCAUGUAGCCAUGGAGUGGUCAUCCACACAGCUGCUGCUUUAGUCAUGCAGCAUAUUUCCUCUGAAUGUUCAGUGGCAGACUUUGAACAAUGACAAGAAGCACACAGGUGCAUGGUGUGCGUGGGCUUCUUCAGUCUGUCUGGAGUGGGACCUGUGGCACAGCUGACUCUUGACAUGUUGACAGGAGUGAAUCCAGUGUGUGCUGCUGUCACUCACAGACUUUUCAAUCAGGCCUGGCUGUGAUUACUUUAUUACUAAGUGAAAUAGGUGUCUGCUUAUCAUUUCUGUAAGAUUGAUGGUCCUUGUAUAAGUUCCUGUAUAAGAUCUUUAUUGAGAUGCAGCUAUUUAUUGGUUGUGAAUGUUGGUGUGUAGACAGCACAUGUGUAAGUUAACUUCCACUACUGUAUGGCUGAUGAUGAUGAUAAUGAUGAUGAUGACUAUAUGGAGAACAACUUUCAUAAUAGUAUUUCCCUGACAACCUAAAGUAAUUAAUGAUGGUGACUUGGAUGGAAGGAAGAAUAGACAUUUUAGAUGAGGAUUAUUGAAAUAUGAAUAACAUUGUGAAGGGGGUUGUUGAGGAUGUGAAACCAUAGCAUAAAUGAUGCAAAUGACAGAAGGAAGAUGAAAGCCUACCCAAGUCAGUAUGGGUAAUGAGGUGAUGACAAGUCAAGUUGUAUAUAAGUAGCAGCAAAAAAGUGUUGAUAGCUAGGUGGUCAGGAUGUAAGGGUGGGGCUGAGCUGGGCUGGAUUGGAUACAUGCUUGUGAUAUUUAUUUUGUGAUGUUCUUGUUUUGUUGUCUUUUGUAUCCUCCAUGCACAUGUGGUGUACUGUAGCAUGUUUUGGUUCAUGGUAUUCAAGUCACAACUCAGAAGCUGUCCAAGAAAAACUGUCAUUGAGGAUUACUGCAGAAGCCUGUGUGUGUGUGUGUCUGUGCGUGUGUGUGUGUGUGUGUGUGUGUGUGUGUGUGUGUGUGUGUGUGUGUGUGUGUGUGUGUGUGUGUGUGUGCCUGUACCUGAUUGGUGUCUGGUGCUGUCCUCACCCAGACAUCAGCAGCUGCUCCAGGAUGGCCUGGAGGACUCUGAGGUUGUGCUUAAGUAGAAAUUCAUAAACAGUAUUUUCCACAUGAGCAGCAACAUUCCUGCUGUGAUGCCUGUACAUGUUUCUUAAAAGGUGACUGACUGCUGUUACCAGUAUUUAUGAUAAUGUAAACAAAUUGUAUACAGUAGUAGGUUAGUGCAUAUCUCAUUUGCAAGUUCACAUUUCAUUUUAGUCGAGCGCAAAUCAUAUGAUGCAAGGUGGUGAGACUCCACACGCCUUCAAUAUACAGUAUGCAAGGCGUGAUGUUUUGCCUUGCUGAGUCAGAAUUGCUGAGUCUCCACAAUCUAUCUGGUGUAGCAGUGUACUUCAGGGAUGACAACAGCAGUACAGCCAUGCACAUUUAUUUUGCUCCCUGGUCAUCCUGCAUCUACUUGCUUGCUUAGACAGAAAGAAUUGAAUGAUUUCUACACUUGCAAGUUCAAGUUUUAUGCAUCAUGUGAUACAAGGAGUUUUGAUAGCACCCCAGAGUGUGGCUGUUGGGGAGUGCAUGAUGACACGCGUUGGGCCAGGCUGAUCUCAAGCUUUAGGUUUUUUCAUGGUAAUGUUAUGCAAGGUUUAAGAAAUUGUCAUCUGGUAUGUCUCGUAGUCUAAAAUUUCCUAUUGGUCUAAAUGUUGAUUUCCAGGAUUUCUAAAGAAGAAUCCAAGAUAAAAUAUGCUCCCUGAAGGCUAAGCUGCUUAGGUUGGCACAUCUUCAAUUCAUCAAAACUUCAAAAAUUUUCAAAAAUACUCCCCCAGUUAGGUCACAAUUUUGCUGUUGUUUUUGUGCUGUUGUACAAUACAGCUUGUCAAAGUGCACCAGGUUUAUUUAUGAUGCAGUGAAAUUAUCUUGUCAUUUCAUGGAGAAUAUUCAGUCAAAGCAAUCUUUGUAGUGUAAGGUUCUGUAAUGCCUAUUCAAAAUAAAUUAUUACUCUCCUAUAUAUACAUAACAAAUGUCCAUGUUCAUAUGUGUACAGAAUAUAUGUAGGUUUCUGUGUAAACAUUGUAUUUUUGGAACAGAAAGCCUGUCUUUGUGAUUUUAAGAUGAAUCUCAGAGCAUUUUUAGUAACUCAAAUAAGUAUGGCAUUUGAUUGUAAUAGUAGAAGAAUCUCCAUUUCCCUGAAUGGAUUAAGUGAAUACUUUCAAAAGUUUACAAAUGAGUGUGUUCAUUUCCUGCUGGCUGAGAGGCUCAACUUGAUGGAAUGUCUCGGCCCAAGUCACCAACCAGAUUUUCCCCAACAGGAAACAAUCACCUCAGAUGAAAACUUGGUGUAGUGAAUUGUGGGCUUUGCAGGAAAUGGUACAAGUGUGUUAUUUACUUUCUAACUGAAGAUGGAGCACCAUCAAAUAUUUAUGCUCUUUUGAUGAUGGUAUUAUUGUUCACAUUGAGUUACCAUUUUUCAGGGGCCCACAAAGCACGGCACUGAAGCUGACAGCAGGUGGUUGUUCUCACAGCUAGUCCUUCACUCAUUCAUCACCACUUCCUUUAUUGGGAUUUGUGCGCUUGGGAUAGUCUCACAAGCUCCGUUUAUUUGAACUUCAGAUGUUUUAUAUUCUCAUAAGAAUUGAGAGCAGCUAUAAAUUAGUAAUAUAUACA